AUGAGGUUACAAUUGAUACUGGGCCUAUUUUUGGUCGUACACCUCGCCAAUGGUCAGGCCGCCCCAAAUACUGAUACCCCACCCGCCGCCAGCCCAGAAGACGAGCAGCCAGAUGACACUGAAGACGCUCCUUUUCAGUUCACUGAAGAGGCUGCUUUCCACGAUAUGAAAACCCUGCCGCAGGUCCCUGAAGAUAAGAAGAAGCCCGAAAAGGACAGCCACGAGCCCACCGGCGCCCCGCCGAUGCACGAGGUUUUUGAUGUU